AUGAACAUAAAUAUACGCAGUACUUCUGGGUUCAUGUUUUCAAUCCUUUUCUUCUUCCGAUAUACCAAACUUAUCGUCAACACAGUUUCAUGGCGACUUGCGAAGCCAUAUCGAAGUGUGGCUCAGCCAAGUUAUCAACCAAGUGACGUUAGCGUUAUAAUACCAACAGCAAACCCCAACGGCGAGGACUUCAGGGAAACAGUAAGAUCAACUUUGAUUUCAGGUGCCGCAAAAGUUAUCGUAGUUACCUUCGGAGAGGAAAAUACGACUGGGGCGUAUUGUUCUUGCCUUGGAUUAGAAUAUCUAGAGCGUCUGCAAAUCAUAGACAACGGCGUUGGAAACAAACGUAUGCAGAUGUGUCGCGGUAUCGAUGAGGUUCAAACUGCGAUAACUGUCUUUUGUGACGACCAUGUCUUUUGGCCCCGAGGGUUCUUGGCUAGCAUCUUAGCACCCUUUGAAGACCAUCGAAUUGGCGGCGUAGGAAUGCAUAAGCGUGUUCAGAGAGUAAGGCCCAGUUUUUGGAGGCCCAACCUACCAAAUUUCUUCGGUUGCAUAUACUUGGAGCGCCACAACAUGGAGAUUCUAGCAACAAACCGUAUAGAUGGAGGCGUCUUUAUUCUGUCGAGUCGUACGGCCGCAUAUAGAACAAAUAUCCUUAAGGAUGCCAACUUCCAGCGCUCCUUUACUAAUGAAUACAUCGAAAGCCCCUUUGGUCGCAUUGGUCCAUUGAACGCGGAUGACGACAACUUCAUCAUGCGCUGGCUGACAGACUAUGACUGGGACAUUUGGAUUCAGAAUGGACCAGAAGCCCUAAUGGAAACGACGAUUAACAAUCCCUGGACCACAUUUACCCGGCAGCUCUUGAGGUGGGUCAGAACCACAUGGCGCUCUAAUCCGCGUUCUCUGCGGCAAAAGAAGAUCUAUCGCACACAGCCUUGGAGCAUGUACGCCACAAAUAUUUCGUUGUUCAUUAAUUUCGCUUUGCUCUGGGAUCCACUUCUUCUAAUCUCUCUACAGAAUGCGACCGCCGGUCUUCCCAAUCGCAAGUUAUUGACGACAGUGAUGAUUGUCUGGAUCCUUAGCUCCAAGGUUGUUAAACUGGUACCGUAUCUAUUGCGUAACCCUACAGAUAUUGUACUUCUACCACUCUACUUUGCCUUUGCAUAUGCUCAUUCAUUGCUUAAGCUUUAUGCACUGGCCACAUUUUCUGAUAUAUCGUGGGGUUCUCGCAGCGAUGUCGAUGAAAAUCAGCGAACUCGAUAG